UUUUUUUUAAUAGAAUAAUAUUAUUAUAAAAAUAAAAAAUGAAAAUAAAGAUGAUACUCUCUUUCGAAGUGAACGACGGAGCAGAAGAAGAACCCUAAUUGGGUUUUCCUCAUCCCGAGCUCCAUCCGAUGUAACUUCUAUUUCCGUUUCUCCACUUUGGAUCUUAGGGGAGUAAGAAGAAUUUUUUAUGGGGUCGUUCUUGAGCUCUCCAAGCAGUAAAGCUCAAGCACGUGGGCACGGUGAACUUUCUCAGACAGAAGGCUGCAAGAGGCUGAGGAUGUCAUCAGCAAGCUAUGAUGAUUUGAGCCCAAGAUUGAUCCCUUACCUCCCUGAUGAGAUCUCUGUGCAAAUACUCGCUAGAGUACCAAGAGCUCACUAUCUAAAACUGAAAUCAGUAUCCCGGAGAUGGAAAGCUGCUAUCACCAGCUCUGAAGUGUUUGACGUGAGAAAAGAACUCAAAACCACUGAAGAAUGGCUGUACAUAUUAGCACAUGCUGAAGAGUAUAGGCUAUGCUGGUAUGCCUUGGACCCUCUGUCUGGAAUAUGGCAAAGGUUGCCCCCGAUGCCUGAUUUUGUCUCUAACGAAGAGUCUAAAAGGGUUUCUGGGUUACGGAUGUUGAAUGUGAUGGGCUCCACUAUAAGAAUCGCGGAUGUCAUUAGAGGUUGGCUUGGACGGAGGGAUGCACUUGAUCGAAUGCCCUUUUGUGGUUGUGCUAUUGGAGCUGCUGAUGGCUGUCUAUAUGUGUUGGGGGGAUUUUCUCGGUCAUCAGCGAUGAGUUGUGUUUGGAGAUAUGAUCCCAUUUUGAAUAUGUGGCAGGAAGUGAGUUCCAUGAAAACUGCUAGAGCAUUCUGUAAGACGAGCCUCUUGAAUGGAAAGCUUUAUGUCGUGGGUGGUGUUAGCCGGGGAAGAGGUGGCUUAACUCCUCUCCAGUCUGCUGAAGUAUUUGAUCCAGAGACAGAACUUUGGGAACAGAUGCCAAACAUGCCAUUUUCGAAAGCACAAAUACUGCCUACUGCUUUCUUAGCUGAAAUGUUGAAGCCUAUCGCAACCGGAAUGACGUCUUUUAUGGGAAAGCUGUGUGUCCCUCAGAGUUUAUAUUCUUGGCCAUUUUUUGUCGAUGUUGGAGGAGAGAUCUAUGACCCAGAGGCUAACUCGUGGGUCGAUAUGCCGGCUGGCAUGGGUGAGGGCUGGCCUGCGAAGCAGGCAGGAACGAAAUUGAGUGUAGUGGUGAAUGGUGAGUUAUAUGCAUUAGAUCCUUCUAGCUCUCUGGAUAAUAGCAAUAUAAAGAUUUAUGAUCACCAAGAUGACUCCUGGAAAGUUGUUAUCGCCAAAGUGCCACUUCAUGAUUUCACUGAUACAGAGUCUCCUUAUUUGCUUGCUGGUUUUCUCGGCAAGCUCCAUGUGAUUGUAAAGGACUCUAAUAGCGAGACCGCAGUGUUGGAAGCUGACAUAAAGACUCGUCUAUCAGAGGCUCCAUCGACUUCAACUCCAUCUACCUCGUCAGUUCCUACAGUAUCUGUGGCUGAAACAGAUAUCUGGAAAGUGAUAGCUACUAAAAAUUUUGGUGCAGCAGAGCUAGUAAGUUGUCAGGUUCUUGAUAUUUAGAUGGCAUAAUUAAAACAACCAUAUCUUCUGUGAUGGUCUAAAUUUGCUAUUAUGCAUAGUGAGUUGCCUUUAAUAAUGUACAGUGAUGGUUUUUUAAAAUGUAGAACAUGAAGCGAUGCUGGAGGUUCCAAAGUCAUAAAAUAUUUUUCUUGCAUGAUUGUAUCCUUGUAGAUGGCACCACAAUCAUUUAAAUGUUCGUUUGUCUACC